GGCGGCCGCGGCGAGAGCGCGCCCAGCCCCGCCGCGAUGCCCGCGCGCCCAGGACGCCUCCUCCCGCCGCGGGCCCGGCCGCCGGCCCUGGCCGCGCUGCUGCUGCUGCUGCUGGGCCACGGCGGCGGCGGGCGCUGGGGCGCCGGGGCCGGGGAGGCCGGGGAGGCGGCGGCGGACGGGCAGGACCCGCACGCCAAGCACCUGUACUCGGCCGACAUGUUCACGCACGGGAUCCGGAGCGCCGCGCACUUCGUCAUGUUCUUCGCGCCCUGGUGUGGACACUGCCAGCGGCUGCAGCCGACUUGGAAUGACCUGGGAGACAAGUACAACAGCAUGGAAGACGCCAAGGUCUACGUGGCUAAGGUGGACUGCACGGCCAGCUCGGACGUGUGCUCCGCCCAGGGGGUGCGAGGAUACCCCACCUUAAAGUUUUUCAGGCCUGGCCAAGAAGCUGUGAAGUACCAGGGUCCUCGGGACUUCCAGACGCUGGAAAACUGGAUGCUGCAGACGCUGAAUGAGGAGCCGGCGACACCAGAGCCAGCAGUAGAACCGCCCAGAGCCCCUGAACUCAAGCAGGGGUUGUACGAGCUCUCAGCGGGCAACUUUGAGCGGCAUGUCGCACAAGGCGACCACUUUAUCAAGUUCUUUGCUCCGUGGUGUGGUCACUGCAAAGCUCUGGCUCCGACCUGGGAGCAGCUGGCACUGGGCCUUGAACAUUCCGAAACUGUCAAGAUUGGCAAGGUCGAUUGUACGCAGCACUAUGAGCUCUGCUCGGGAAACCAGGUCCGCGGCUAUCCCACUCUGCUCUGGUUCCGAGACGGGGAGAAGGUCGAUCAGUAUAAAGGAAAGCGGGACUUGGAGUCACUGAGAGAGUACGUGGAGUCGCAGCUGCAGAGAGCGGAGACGGGGGCUCCGGAGACUGCUGCACCCUCAGAGGCCCCGGUGCCGCCCGCCGAGCCCGAGGCGGACAAGGGCACUGUGUUGGCGCUCACUGAAAGUAACUUUGAUGACACUAUUGCAGAAGGAAUAACCUUUGUCAAGUUUUAUGCUCCGUGGUGUGGUCAUUGCAAGAAUUUGGCUCCUACCUGGGAGGAACUUGCUAAAAAGGACUUCCCCGGUUUGGCAGAGGUCAAGAUCGCUGAAGUAGACUGCACGGCUGAACGGAAUACUUGCAGCAAGUACUCGGUACGAGGCUAUCCCACGUUGUUGCUUUUCCGUGGAGGGAAAAAAGUCAGUGAGCACAGUGGAGGGAGAGACCUUGAAUCAUUACACCGCUUUGUCCUGGGCCAGGCCAAGGACGAGCUAUAGAAACCCACUUGAAGUCGCCUCUGCGGCCUGGCCGCACUCACCCAGCGUGCGGGAGUCGAAUCACAUAGACGUCGCCGAGUUUCAGAUGAUGGCUAUUCAGAAAGCUGAACGUACUAAACUUGUGGUAUCUUCUUUGUGUGUGUUUCUUAAACCAACACACCCUACAGAUUCUUUACUAAGUUUCUCUAAGUAAAUGUGUAACUCACGGUCACUGUGUAAACUAAACGUUUUCAGUGGCAAUACAUCCCCUUGAACCUUCUCUGGAUGAAAUUUAAAUGGUUUUCUUUGAGACUAAAAUAGAGUUGAGGAAAAUCAAAUUGCUGGACUAUUUUUGGCUCCUGAGUGAUUUGGGGGAAAGCAUCAUUUAAAGUAUAGUUUUUUUUAACUGCCCAUGAGUUCUGGAAAGGUGGCUUUGUGGCAGUGUUGACGUUUCUCUGAUCUGAAGGUCACAACUGACUUAAUAAUGUGGUAGGUCCGUAGCUUGGAGCAGAUUUAAAAACAAAAACCCACAUCUGGAAGAUACCCUCACAUCCACUACUGGAUUCUCUGUUUUUGUUAACACUUCUCUCAUCGGGAGAGGUUAGCCAUAACGCAAGCAGCGGUACUUCUGACACGUGCCUGAGUAAGACAAUGCUGAUGCCAUAAUUUUACGUGUGUGUUAAUACUUGUCACAUCAGUUACUGUUCAAGGGAUAUUUCCGUUUGUUUCUCACCCGGUGAAAGAUUUCGUUAGUGCGUCGUGUUAACACGAAGCCAGAGUCCAUGUGAACUUUAAAAUUUGAUGUCUUCCAUAGAAAGUGUAGGCACAGAAGGGUCCACGAGGCUCCUGACUAUUCCAUUAACUCAUAGAAAGAUUCUGGUUGUAUUUGCCACCUGGGGGGACAGGACCAGAUGGGCUUCCCUAGGCCUGGGUAUCCAGACACCAGCGAGACCCUGCAGCCCCGAUCCAAAGUAGUCCUUGUAGAGGUUAUAGCUUGUCUGUUCCACCCUUCAAGGAGGUCGACCUUCUAAUGUGUGAAGAGUGGGAUACAUUUGAUGUCAAGACCAAAGACAUGCCAGCAGGACCGCUCCGGCCCUGGUAUGCACGGCCGUGUCAGCCAUUGGUGUGGCGUCCUCUAACUCUGGCCACCCUCGUGAUUAAACACUUUUACUGUCACCCUUGGCAAUAGGCAGUGGUAGGACUGAACUCCUUCAGGGUAUGUGUGUGUCCGCUCUAGCACGGAGUUAGUUCUCAUGGUACCCACUCUGUGUCCAACACCCUUCACUCCCCAUGCCGGGGGGAUGCUGAUUGACACUUGGCCCCCAGCAACGAAUGGCAGGAAUCUUAGAAACAAGACCACUUAGACUGUCGGAGGCAGAAGAUAACAGAGCAGCAGCUCGACCAACCUCUGCCUUAAAGGAAAUCUUUAUUAAUUACAUGUGAUUCACAGAUGUUCUGUUAAAAAAAAAAAUCCAACUUCCUAGAGAAGCACAACCGUCAGGAGUGUUGCUUCAGCUUUGCAUCAUGAGUCUUGUAUUCAGAGAAAGUCAGAGUGGUACAAUUUGUUUACACUAUGAUACUUUCUAAAUAAACUCUUUUU